CCUUCAUCGAAUCUGGUGGAUAAUGCAUUCGCGCUUAUCAUGCGAGAUGACGACUCCCCGAAAAUUGUCGAAAAUUCGCUAAAUUUAGCGGAAAAGUACGCAAAUUGCUUCUAUUCGAACGAAAAUGCGGCAUUUGACUUGUGUGACGAGAGCAUUCGUGGAAUUGUGCGAAAAAAUGACGUAAAUUUGGUAAUUCAUCCCCUUCCAGCGCGUUUCGGGCAAGAAUCGCACAUCAUAAUGCACAAAGCGAUGACCUCAGAAGAAGAAACUCAUGGAACUUUUGAACCUGACAUGAGUCGAUAUGAUGUCCCAUCGUCUCCAAGGAGGUUCAACAGCACUUUUGUGCCGCGUUAUCGCCCCAAACGUCAAACCACAGGCUCAAUUCCGAACGUUUUGCACAUUGAAACGGCAAUUUUCGUGGAUAAAGACCUUUUUCGGCACAUGCGAAAGAAUUUUCCGGUCAAUACGGAAUCCCACCUCAUUCGUUUCGUGCUCGCGAUGAUCAAUGGCGUGCAAUUGUUGUAUCAUCAUCCGUCGUUGGGCAAGCAAGUUAAUUUUAUUCUUAAGCGUUUGGAGAUUUUGCAUUCGGAACCGAAGGAUUUGCGACGGGCGAGUGAUAUUGACGUUUAUUUGAACAGUUUUUGUUCGUGGCAGAGAAAAUUGAAUCCAGCGUCGGAUGCGGAUGUUGUGCAUUUCGAUCAUGCCGUGAUAUUGACGGGAUUAGACCUUUAUGUUGUGGGCAAAAAUGGAAAAGUAAGCAGUCAAGUGGUUGGAUUGGCACCUGUGGCGGGAAUGUGUUCGGCAGUGUCGAGUUGUACGAUUAACGAAGGGAAGCAUUUUGAGAGCGUUUUUGUCGUUGCGCAUGAAAUUGGUCACAAUUUGGGAAUGCGUCACGACUCAUCAGAAUCCAACUGUGACCCCAGCUUAUACAUAAUGUCUCCCACACUCGGCAGCGGAAAAAUCACUUGGUCUCAAUGCAGCGCCAAUUACCUCAACAACUUCCUCCGUUCAUCCCAAGCCACUUGUUUAUUCGAUCGCGGGCAAUUUGGACCCAGUCUCGAUCACUCAGCGGAAGGUUUGCUGCCAGGACAACGAUUUGACGCCGAUACCCAAUGCAUGCUGAAAUACGGCAGAGACAGCGUUCGCUCACCAACCCAAGCCUUCAACGAUAUUUGUCGCGAUUUGCACUGCCAACGAAGUCGUUACACGUGGACUUCGCAUCCAGCGUUGGAGGGAACCUCUUGCGGCAUCGGAAUGUUCUGCCAAAGUGGAAUUUGUGUCCCUCGCUUGAAAUCUCAGUCGCAAUAUUCGUCAACGAGCUUAGCUGCGCCGUCGCCAACAGCAGUUUUGACGCAAAAUAAUUUAUCGGAGAAGUUAAUUUCGUUGGAUGAGCAACAAAAACAACAUUUAGAUGACCCUAGUAAUGUGGUGCAAGCGGUUUGGAGUGACUGGGGUGAAGGAAGUGAGUGUGAAAGUGGAUGUUUGUACGGCGAAUCAGGAAGACUCAAGGAGGGAAGUACUGGAUUGAGGAUUUUUCAACGCACUUGUGGGGAUUAUGGUACGGGAGUUCGUUCCGAAUGCAAAGGAUCCGACAAAAAAUUCGAAACUUGUAUGCCUUCUCAUUGUUACAGCAUCCAACGGACCUCAGUUUUAGACUUUGCCAACGAAGUUUGUACCCGCGCGAAGGAAUUUGAUCCGGAAUUGACUGGAAACGGCAUUCAACAAGUAGCAAAUCCGGAGACAUCUUGUUUGGUCUUUUGUGAAACGCGAUCCUUGACCCCGAAAUCAAAAGCUUGGAUUUUUCCCGAUGGCACCACUUGUCGCAACAAAAAUUCCGACUUUGAUGACUCUUUUUACUGCAUCAACGGUCGUUGCGAGAAAUUUUCUUGCGAAAAUACGACAGAAAAUUAUUUCAAAAUUGAAAGUGAUUUUUGUCCGCAAAGUUUGGUCCUGGAACAAAACAAAGAAAAGGAAAUUCCGUUAAAUACGCUGCAAGAAAAUGGACGAGAUUUUAAGAGUUUGAAGAUAAAUCCGGAAAAAUCAACGACUUUGAAGGAAUCAGAGCCAAAUAAAACAGUGACAGACAACACAAAAUCAGAUUCUUUGCAAAGUCUUCGGUACGUGGCUGCCCAAGCAGCUCCAAGUGUCAAACAGGAAAUUUACAGCAAUUCGUGGCGGGCACCGGAAAAGUUGCAAGCUUUGCCGUAUACGAGUUCAAAUAAUCAAUUGCCGAUGGAAAUUAAGUCAGAAAUGAAAAAUAAGUGGAUCGCAAAGUCGGGAUGUCAUUUUAGUUGCAUGGAAAAGGCGAGGGGAUUGCAACUAGUUGAGGCGUCACAUGAUUCAAAGUCUAAAAAUAUUCAGUUGUGUUCGCCGGAUUUGAUUCCUUGUGAUCGAAUCCAAACAACUUUCGAAUACGCAACAAAACUCUGCACAAAAUAUCGCGCAAAAGUCCGUGGAUUGUCAGGCACUGGCACCCAAAUUGCUGCAAGUAUCCACGAUCCAGAUCGUUCCUGCAAAGUCGCAUGUCAAGACGGAUACAUGACGCACCGUUUUUAUCUCGUCAAUGGUGAACAAGGAUUCUUCCCGUUCGGAACCAAAUGCUCAAAGACCGAUGAACGAUACUGCGUUAGUGGAAAAUGCUUGCAAUUUGGUGACGAUGACAUUCCUUUAAACGAGUCCUAUAACAACAUGAUAAAUCUACGGAACAAGAGAGAUGUUACUCCGACGACGAGGUACAAACGCCAUUUCUUGUACUACCAACCCGUGAACAUAACGGAAAGAAUUACAAAAGACUUUUUAAAUAAUUUGAUUGCCAAAAUUGAUUUCAGUUUAGAUAAAGAAAUUGAGAACAUCUCUGAAGAGCAUAUCAACUUCCAAGAUCCUGUUGAUUAUUCAGUGCUCUAACAAUAACACGGAAAAAAGUGAAUUUUUAAAGUAGGCAAAAGAUGGACA